AUGGUUGCACAAAAGAAGCCCAGUGAUCUUCAACAGGAACAGCCUUCUAUACCUGCACAAGAGAAUCAAAGUGGUCCCAAUAACCCUGAAGUGGAAAAGUUGCCCAACACUGACAACUCCAAGCCUGUCGCAUCUGAAUCCAUUGCUGUUUCGGGGCACAUUUCCUCCAGAAUGGAGGAGGAUAAGAACAAUACAACUGAAAGCAAUGAACAAGUGCAAGGAACAUUAUUACAGUCUCCUUCUCAAGAUAUGAGAGGUGAUGGACCAAAACCCACAGAGGAUCCUACUCAUAAUCCAAAAAGUGUUUCCACCGUCGAUGAGAAGAGGAAUGAAACCAUUCCAAGCAGCGAGAAUAACAUUCACACAACAUCGAGCAUACCAGAGAAUGUAAGCGCAUCUGCUGUUCCUGCCACUUUGACAGAACUAAACAAGACUCAGAUGGGACAAGUAAUAAACCAGGUGGGUGGCUUUGGUGUUACGGGUGCUGACAGCAGUAUUGCCGCUUCAUACCAAAUCCCUCUUUUGCUUCUUUUGUUGGCUCUGGUGGCUCUGGCAUCCCCAUGA